AUGAAGGGACUCAAGAAGGCUAUAAAUCUGUCCAGAACAAAGUCUAGCGAAAAACAAUCCAAAUCCUCACCCAAUGGUAAACCACUCCCUCCAAGCCUAUCCACUCCUUCAGGCUCCGCAUCUCCCGCCCCGAGCUCUCCGAUCACCCGAAACAAUCCAUCCCCUCUGUCGUCAGAGACAUCUCUAGGAACCGGUCAGGUUCCCGUCGUAGGUGGUGGACCGAUCACUCCACGUAGAUCCCCCGUAUCGGACAAGACUUCGCCCGCUCCUCCUCUCGUCGUGAUAUCAGGUGCACCCAAUGCCCUGGGAGGAUCCGAGAUGCCUUCAGAUCCUAUUCCCCAUGCUCCUCACGGUCGGAAUCUAGGAUCACCCGAUCGACCACUUGGACCUGACGGUCAACCUACGCCUCCCAAAGCUGGUCCGCUGAACAGGCUAUGGGGACCCAAGGAUACCAUUUCAAUCGUCGGCAAGACGCCUAGAAAGCAGAGAAGUAGUCGAUUCUACGUCACGGAACGAGUGGACAUUGAAAAGCUCCCAGACUUUAUGGAUAUUCGACCUGACGAUCGGACCGAUUUGUUCAUACAAAAGCUGCAGCAAUGCCGUGUGGUCUUUGACUUUAAUGACGCGAGUAGCGAGCUCAAGGGGAAACAAGUCAAGUCGCAGACUUUAAACGAGAUGCUGGAGUAUAUCACGACUCAGCGCGGUGUCAUCACCGAGGCGAUUUAUCCAGAAGUCGUGGGAAUGUUCGCGACCAAUCUCUUCCGUUCGAUACCUCCCCAGGUCAAUCCUAGUGGUGAUGCCUUUGACCCUGAAGAAGACGAACCGGUCCUCGAACUCGCCUGGCCGCAUUUACAAAUCGUUUACGAAUUCUUCCUUCGAUUCGUCGAAAGCCCCGAUUUCAACACCAACAUUGGUAAACGAUACAUCGACCAGGCGUUUGUUCUCCAGCUUCUCGAAUUAUUCGACAGUGAAGACCCAAGGGAACGGGAUUUCCUAAAAACCACACUUCAUCGUAUCUAUGGCAAAUUCCUCAAUCUCCGAGCGUUCAUUCGUCGACAGAUCAACAAUGUAUUCUUCCAGUUCGUCUACGAAACCGAGAGACACAAUGGAAUUGCCGAACUGUUGGAGAUAUUAGGCUCCAUCAUCAAUGGCUUCGCACUACCGCUCAAAGAAGAGCACAAGAUCUUCCUCACUCGUGUUUUGCUACCACUGCACAAGGCAAAAUCGUUAGCACUCUACCACCCCCAGCUGGCUUAUUGUGUCGUCCAAUUCCUCGAAAAGGAUUCAGCAUUGACCGAAGACGUCUUACUCGGAUUACUUCGAUACUGGCCCAAAGUCAAUUCGCCAAAGGAAGUCAUGUUUCUGAACGAAGUGGAAGAAAUUCUCGACGUGAUUGAAGCCACAGAGUUUGCGAAGAUCAUGCAACCGCUCUUCAUCCAGUUGUCAAGAUGUAUUGGAUGUCAGCAUUUCCAGGUGGCUGAGAGAGCCCUUUACUACUGGAACAACGAAUACAUUGUCAAUCUGAUGGGUGAACACAUCACAGUCGUCUUGCCUAUAGUAUUCCCAGCGCUGUAUCAAAAUUCGAGGUCACAUUGGAACAGGACUAUCCACGGGAUGGUCUACAACGCACUGAAACUGUUCAUGGAGAUCAAUCCAGACUACUUUGAAGAGGUUCAAAACAACUACAAAGCCCAGAGACAUAUUGAGCACGAAAAGUCUGUUGCUCGGUACGAAGAAUGGAUGCGCCUGCGUGAACAAGCCGUGGCAAAUCAUCACGCCAGCGGAUCAUCAGAAUCGCUGCCUAAAUGGUUGACGGAGGACCCACCUGCUAAACCCGAGCCAUUCCAGGAUGAAGACAUGACCGAUGUCUCUGUCGACAUGACUGCGAAUGGGUUCGAUGUCAGUGAGAGCUUUACGAUGGAUCGGGCCGUAGUGGCGGAUGAGAUUGUUCCUGUUGCCGAUCCAGGCUUGGAAUCGCGUGCGCAGACAACGCCCAUCACACCCUCUGGUUUGACCGCGCACCCUGUACACACGAGCAGUCCCAGUAGUGGAUCUCCACAACCGCCUCAUCUGCGGAGAAAGUCCAUCUUACCGAUCGAUCCGGCCGUCAUGAAAGACCUUCAGUCACACAAAAGUCUUGAGGGUACCGUGCCAGCAACUAGUCCUCCGCCUGAAACGGAUCAGUAA